CAGAGACACGCGAUUAUACGGAACUCGAUUGAUAUAAGAGCGUUGAAAUUUGAUUCGAUUUUAAUUUGGUGGAAGAGCAGAAGGAACAAAGAUGCUUCAAAUCCGACUAACCAAGACCCCGUCCUCGGACGCCGCCGGUCCCGUGAAGCCAUUGCCUGUGGAAACGGUGACGGUGGCUUGCCCCGAUCACCUUGUUAUCGCUGACCUUCCCGUUGCCAACAGCAUUGGCGCCGCUAUCUCGUCCUCGCUCGUCAAGACCGUUGGUCGUAAGUCACGCCGCCAGCUUGGCGAGCGAGUUCACUUCUGCGUCCGCUGCGAUUUCCCUAUAGCCAUCUACGGCCGCUUGAGUCCUUGUGAGCAUGCCUUCUGCCUCGAUUGUGCAAGGAGUGAUUCGAUUUGCUAUCUUUGUGAUGAACGUAUACAGAAGAUUCAGACAAUCAAGAUAAUGGAGGGGAUCUUCAUCUGUGCAGCUCCUCACUGUCUUAAAUCUUUCUUGAAGAAGACUGAAUUUGAAUCUCAUAUCCAUGAGAACCAUGCUGCCCUUAUACAGCCUAAUGCAGAGAAGGAAGAUGGUAAAGACUCGGAGGUUCAGAGUGCUAAACAACCUACAGGUUCUGAUGCUGCUGUUCGAGGUCUUCCAAGGUCUGUCAUUUCUCCUGGUUCAAACCCCCUGCUCCAUGAUACUGAAGACAAAGCUCGUUGGCAGCAGCCCAGAGAACAACUGCCUUCAAGGCCUAUAAUGCAGCCAAAGGGACCACUAGUAUUUGGUCAAGUUCCGAAUUAUCCAUCGGAGCCCCAAUCAGAUGAUAACCACUUCCAACAAGGCUUUGACAGGCCUGGUCCUCACAACCACUUCCAACAAGGCUUUGACCUGCAGGGCACCCCGCAACCAGAUUCUAGUCAGUUUUCAGACAAGCUGCAGGGACUUUUAUCUGAGAAUCAGUAUUCUGAAUACCCACCUAUGCAUUCCAUGCAACCACCUAAUUUUGCUAUGCCAAUGAAUUCAAACCGAAUGUUAACUCCAUAUGGUGUUCCUCCUUUUCCAACUGAUGGAUGUCAACCAUUUUAUGGUGCUCCUUAUGAAAUGGCUAGGCGAAGUAAAGCGUCAGAUGUUGGUUCCGAGCAGGGGUCAUUGUUGAGUUUCCCACCAGGUCCAGUUGGGGGUGUGAAUUACCCAACAGCUUAUCCGCCUUGGAAUGGAGGGCAACCUGGUGUCCACUUUUAAGUCACUCCAUGCAAGUUCGUCCACCACCUCCACCACUCUCACAUGAUAUGUCACAACUUAAACCUCGCAAGUUCAACUCUGGUGAUAUGAGUCUUGAAGGACAAGGGCAGCAAGAACCUGAAUGGCAAAGCAGGUAGCCAGGGGUAGAGAUUGCUCCUCCCUUUUGUGGUCAACGUGUGAUAUUUUCUCCAUUUUCAGUGUUUGAUGAAGUUUUGUUAUGUUCUUUCCAUUUCUUAAUUUAUUAAGAGCAUCUUGCUUUCUUUUAUAGGAUUUCGAUUAGUUUGCAAAUUCAGAAUUUGCGCUCAAGUUCUUCAAUGGAAACAUUCUAUAUAGUUUGUAAGUGUUAAUAAAAGUUACGUUUCUCUACCA